GGGCCUUGUUUUAAUCAGAUUAGCGGAUUAGGAUUGUUUAUGCACUUACUUUAUAACCCAGAUUGAGGGAGAGGAGAGGGAUUCUUCAGCAGGAUUUCAGGGGUGUAGGACUGCACCCUUUAAGCAACCAGAAUGCCUGUUAUCAACAUAGAUGACCUGACGGACAAGGACAAGGCUUUGAUGGAGUUAAACCAAAAAAAACUUGAAGUGAAACUUGAGAGGUGGUUGACAUCUAAAUGCUGUGAGGAAAUCAAGGACUAUAUUCAGGCUCGAGAGGAAGAAGACACCCUCGUCAAAGGCAUUUCAGAGGAGAAGAACCCCUUCAAGGAGAAAGGUGGCUGUGUCAUCUGCUAGACUCGACCUGAGGAGCUCUUCAUAUCUCAGAUUAGCACCCAAGGACAUUCUCCCUCUCCACAUAAAAUGGAGUUGCAGACUAGGGGACAUACAGUAAUAAAGAAAAAAAUAUUCACAAGUAUCUAUGUAAACAAUUCCCCAUCUUCUGGACAGAUUUGUAGCCUUAUAAUCUUUUUCUUUGAAAUGAUUCAUAAAUAAGAGUUGUAUUUGGCGAGGGUUGUAUGCUUCUGUCUCAUACGGUGUAUAUGGUCUGAGCAAAUGGGCCCAUGUUCUAUUUCAUACACAGAAGCAACUGCCAUUAAAUGUGCUUGUUUAUAACUCA